AAUCCAUUUCCCAGCAUCCACCGCGGCAUCUUUCUAGUUCCAGCUGUGUGUAGCUUCUGUUCGAGACAAAUGUCUCCGUUUUAACGGGAGUUCCGGUGUAAACGUACCGGAGCAGCGGAGCCCGGUGGACCGGUGACCCUGCUGACGGCGGAUGCCGCUCACGGUGCGGAAUUCUGCCCGGAGGAGGAGAAAAACCCCGGAUAAGAAGGAGCGACCGGGGGAGUCCACUUCUUCUGCUCAGGUGAUGGCGCCCACGAGGAUGAAGCUGCGAGUGCGUCGGCGCGAUAACGCGGUCGCAGGAGCGGCGGCGGGAGACGGUCAGCCAGAGGAGGAAGAGGAGAGGAGCCGAGAGAGCGGCGGCCGCAGGAGGAAGAACACGAGCGACACCGCGUCCACCGCUGCUCCCGCCACCUCCUCCUCCUCGUCUCCUCCUCCCGCCUCCUCCUCCGCUUCUGCCUCGGCGCGGGCAGUAAUGGCGGCGGAGGAGGCGUCGCCUGACUCCAAGUGCCCGAUCUGCCUGGACCGCUUCAACAACCUGGCGUACCUGGACCGCUGCCUGCACCGCUUCUGCUUCCCCUGCAUCCAGGAGUGGUCGCACAACAAGGCCGAGUGCCCGCUCUGCAAGCAACCCUUCGCCUCCAUCCUGCACUCGGUCCGCGCCGAGGACGACUUCAAGGAGUACACGCUGCGGCCGGCGCCCGCCAACAGCAGCGUCGCCGCCACCGUGGCGAUGGUGGCGGCGAUGGCUUCGGCGGCGAGGAGCGACCACCAAAUGCGGCUGAUGCUGAGGAGGCACAGAGGGGCGGACGCCGGCGAGGGGAGGAGGCGGAGGAGGGAGAGGGGAGGGAGAGGGGGGGGAGGCAGGAGGUCGGGGGUGUGGGAAUGGUACCUCGACUCCCCUCAUCUCGCGCCUCUCCCUCACCACGCCGCCGUCUCUCCCGUGGUUGCAGCAGACAGCGAGGAUGGAGAAGACGUGGAGGAGCAGAGGGUGAGGGGCGGGGCUGAUCUGGCGGAGCGUGGCGUGAUAUUUGAGGGGCUGACGGGACUCGGGGGCGCCGUGGCGCCUGUUGCCCCCAACGACCGGGCGACACGGCGCUUGAUGACCCGUCUGGUGGCGAGGCAGCGGCUGCAGCGAGAGGGUGGAGCUGUGCGGCGGCUGAGGGAGAGAGAGACCGUGGCCUUCCGGCGUGCUCUCUACCGGAGCGGAAUUCGGGUCCGCGGCGUCGCCGGCGCCAAUGGCAACGCUAACCAGCAGCAGCGUAACAUCACAGCGGAGAGUUUCCGCAGGAGCCCCACCCACCUGAACAGACUCCGCCCCUGGCUGCGGCGGGAGCUCACGGUGCUGUACGGCGCGCAUGGUUCGCUGGUCGACAUCGUCCAGCGCAUCAUUAUGGCACGGCUCGCUCGCCACGGACUGGAAGACACGCCCACCAUAGAAGAAGAGCUGCGCCCGUUCCUGUUGGCACGCACGGACCACUUCCUGCACGAGCUGGUCAGCUUCGCCCGCUCGCCGCUCAGCCUGGAGAACUAUGACCUGCAGGCGGUGUACGAGCCGCCGGCCGCGCUGGAGCUGGACGGCACGAGUAGCUCCAGCGACGGCAGCUCAGUCAUCGCCAUAUCAGAGGGCGAGGAGGAGGAGCGGCCUGCGGGAGGAAGAUCAGAGGAGAGGCUCGCCACGCAAGACGACAUCAUCCAAGCGGGAAGCUGCCUCAGCCUGGCGACCUGGGACGACGAGACUCCCGGCCCCUCCUACUCUAGCGCCGAGCCGCCGUGUUCGCUCACCUCGCCACCAUUCAGCCCGGAGGAGGGAAGAGAGAAGCGCGAGGAGGAGGAGUGUCUGAUCGUCGGCUACAAGAAGCCGAUAGCGGAGCGAACUCCUGAGCUGGUGCAGCUCUCCUCCGACACCGAGGAGGAGGAGGAGGAGGAGAAGAAGAAGGAGGAGGAGGAGGAGACGGCGGAGAGACUUCCUCCCCUCGCCUCCGCCGCUCCGCCCCUCUCUUACUUACCCACAAUCCCUCCCUCUACGUCAGGCGCCUGCAGAGACAAGCAGGAGGACGCGUCGAAGCAGAAAGACGGCGAGGUGGGCGAGCACCGCUCACGCUCCUGGUCAGGCAGCUCGGGAGGAAGCAGAAACUCUGUGUGCACGCUGAGCCCGGCGACGCCCGGAGAGAGCGAGCGGCGGGAGAGAGACAGGAAGUCUGGCAGUGAGGCGGAGAGGGAGAGGAGGAAGAAGAAGAGGAGGAGGAGGCGGGAGAGAAGUGGCACCUUGUACAACCCAAACCGCUCCAUUUAUCCCGCCAUGAUGCGCCACCGCUCCCACUCCCCCUCGCCGUUUCACUCCAGCGUGGAGUCCGGCUCGCCGCUGCCGCCCAGUCCGCCAGAGUCCAGCUGGGAGUUCCACUGCUCCCGUGUCUCCCCUCUCACCUCCUCCCGCUCCUCCUCCUCUUCCUCCUCUCUUCAGCCGUCGACGGCGCCCUCGCUCUCCCCCAACAACCACGGAGAGAAACCCGGGGGGAAGAGGAAGUACAAGAGCCGCCACCUGGACAGCGACGACAAAGAUCCCACGUGGAGGCCGGGCAGCAGCAGGGAGGAGACGGGGGAGACGGAGCGCAGGAAGGGGAGAGACGACGGGAGGAGAAGAGAAAGCAGGAGAAGCAGAGAGGAGCGCAGUCCCAGCGUGGAGAUCAUCUACGAGGGCACCGUGCCCUGCAACGCCACGCACACCCCCGCACGCAAACGCCGCAGGAAACGCCAACGCAAGACGACACACAGCAGUUCUCCCGUCAUCAUCACGCUGGACAGCGACAGCAGCCACAGCAGCAGCAGCAGCAGCCGGCUCAGCAGCCAGCAGACCGUCGACUUCUCAGACCUUCCUCCACUGCCAUUGGUUCAUUCUGCCGGCGUGGGCGGCGCCUUAAGCUCAGAAAUUGGCGAGCUUCCCGUUGACAUCCUGGACCGAGGAUCUGACGGGUCGGAGGCCGAGCCGGCGGGUCCCGUCGCCAUUAACAGCGACGUGGACGUGGAGAACGUGGAUGAGGGCGGGUCGGCGCUGGGAUCGGAUGAUGAUAAAGGACCAAACGGAGCGGCUGAUGCAGAAACGACAGAGAGCAAUGCGGCGCCCGCAACGAAGAACCCAUCCCGCAAAAGGAACUCGACGUCAGACAGCCGUCUGCUAGCGAGUAUCCUCAGCGACCUGAAAGGAAUCACUGCACCUAAAUUUAACCCUUUAAACUUUGAGCCCAAUUGUUCGCCUGGCGGCAGAAAGAGGCUUUUCAGGGACGGCGACAUUGUGGACCAAAAUCUGAGCUUCGACUCGCCGACACGUCGUAAUGCCAUCCGCCCGCCUCCUCCUCUGGAGCGGCUCAAAGACAAGGACGUGCCUCCGCUCCUGAAACAGGCCAGUCCUGUGAGGUCGUACAACAGAAACACGCCGCCGCCAUUAAAACACAAAGAUGCCGGGAGCCCACACCCAUCACCGAUAUCUCCCAUCGACUUGCACUUGCUUCACGCCGACGCAGUCGCCGUAAACUCUGACCUCAAUUCAAAUCCCCCCACCGGUAACCGCGCCAUCCCUCCCAUUUCAGUGCUGAAAAAACAUUUCACCGGCGCUUUAGCGGCGAGAGGAGAGCCGGCCUCCACGAGCUGCAUCUCGCUCAUCGACCACCCUUCAGCCGCUCCUCCGGCACCGCCCGCCGUACAUUCCCGUUGUUCACACGGGUCGGGACAGAGCUCCACAGGUGCAGGUUCACAUCUGGAGUUCAAUUAUUUUCAUUCUUCAAAGUUACAAACUGCAGAAACGUCUUCGUGUCCCGCCGACGUGCAUCCGGCCCGGACGUCCCAGGAGACGCCAGCUCACACCGGGACUCUGAGCCCGACCUUCUGCCGAGUGUCAGCCGCUGACCUCAGAGGUGAGGAUGUCUUCUCAGGGGUCAACUGCCACAACAAACCACUUCCUGUUUGUGUUUCAUCCAUUGACCUCCACUCGUCACAGAGACUCCCCCCCCUCAGUGACGAGCGUCCCCCUGGUGACCCGCACUCGUCCAGUGUGGCUUCAGAAGGACCGACUGACAGCAAAGCUUCGUUAUUGGUCGAUCACGGGGUCGGAUCGCCUCAUGGUCGCCCGCCACCCGUCGAUGUGCAUUGUUCGGGUCGCGAGCCGCCAGCUAACGCACGUUCUCCGAGCUCGGUCUCGAUCCACACGGCCUUCUCCUGCGACACCUUCCCGACAUCCCGCAGCGGCGAGUCUAAGCUUCCCCUCAUCCCCGACUCAAAGCCUCACAACCACGUGGACUCUGGGAGAGACUUCCUGCUCCCCGCGGACAAUCACAUCUCGUCCUCCCGCCGCUCUGCGAAUACGUGGAACUCACAGCGCUCAGAUUCUCACCCGGCCACGUAGGACACGCGCUGGAAUACAAACGGACGAUUUCACUUGAUGAACAAACUGCUGAUUUUUUUAACUUGUUACUAAUUUUGUUUAUGACGUAACUUCAAAUGUAACGUAAGCUGAAAUAAUUACUUUCAAAUGUGACAAAUGUGCGGCUGGGAAGCUCGAUAUGUACACGUGUGUGUGUGUGUGUACACGUGUGUGUGUGUGUGUGUGUGUGCGUACACGUAUGUGUACACGUAUG